CUCCCAACUCCCUCCAAGAAAAAAAUAGCACACACUAUGGUAAGGACAACCCUCAAACAGUGUCAUUAAGUUAGUCAUUAUAAGAAGCAUAACUAAUAACACAUUAAGCCUUAACCCACUCACUCUCUAAUCCCACCCCACCCACUACCCAUCCAAGAAGGGCAUGGAUGAUCAAAGCUCUCUUCUUAAUUUGGCACACCUGUAUCAAGAAAAGGGUGUGGAUGGAAUGAGGCAAUCUCUUUUAUUGACUAUGGAGUUAGAAGAUACUAGAUUGAAGGCACAAGAUGAGCUCAAAAUGAGAGAUGAGCAAAUAGUUCAACUCAAGAUUAUGCUUAGCAGAGCCAUCAAAGAGAGGGAUGAAGCACAAGACAAAUGCCAAAAAAUGUUCUUUGAGAAACUCUUGCUCCAAAACCAUUGCCAAAAAUCAAUUACAAGCAUUGAAGAUGAGCCCAGAAGAAGAAUGGAUUCCAUUAAUGGCUUUUCUUCCUCAGAUUGUGAAGAAAGCAUAGUUUCAUCACCACCUUCAGCAGAGUUACCAAUUAUGGCUAACAGGCCAUUGCCAACAAAAGGCAAGCUUUUGCAAGCAGUUAUGGAAGCAGGGCCACUCCUUCAAACACUCCUCCUUGCCGGCCCUCUUCCACAGUGGCGCCACCCUCCACCACAACUUGACACCCGUCAGAUUCCACCACCACCGGUGGUGGUAAUUCCAGCACCACCACUAAAACCCUUUCAGCAAGAAUUAUUACACGACAUCAUUGCCACCAACAACAACAUAAACAACUGUGGCAGGAUAGAGAGAAAAAGGGGCUUCUGUGUUGACUUUGAUGGUUCCAUUGAGUCAAAAUAUCAAACAGUCGGCUUGCAUUGAAAUGGUUACCUUCAGACCAAUUUUAUAUUUCAACUUUGAUAUUUAUUAGUGAAGAUUAGGAGGGCGGAAAUGGAAUUGCAAGAAAAUUAUGCAAUUUGUACAGACUACUAAGGUUUGAUUUCGGUAGGAAAAAUAUGAUGGUGUAAACUUGACCAUGUACCAUCAUGUUCUCAUUUUAGAAUAGAGACAUUGAGUAUCUCGACUCUCUCAAAAGUAUUCGUGAAAUCUUGGACUUGUAACAAGGGAAAAUUUUCACAUA